CUUUGGUAUACAGUAUAUUUACAGAAUAAUAAAUAUAUUGAACCUCUGAAUUUCUCAAUCUGGACCACACGUGUUUGUUCUUUUGUUCCCAAAAACGAUCUGAAUCCAAGGCGGCUAGUCGUAAUGCCAGACAAACGUGGUUUGGCUGUGCAGAAUGUAGAAGAUCUGGACGUUUCAAAACUAACUGCCUUAUCACCGGAGGUCAUCAGUCGUCAGGCUACCAUAAACAUCGGUACUAUAGGCCAUGUCGCCCACGGGAAGACAACAGUUGUGCGUGCAAUUUCCACAGUGCAUACCAUUAGGCACAAAAAUGAGUUGAUCAGGAACAUCACCAUAAAGCUGGGAUAUGCUAAUGCUAAGAUAUACAAAUGCAAUAGUGAAGCAUGCAUACGCCCUGCUUGUUAUCGGUCAUUCGGGAGUGCAACAGAUGAUUCCCUUCCCUGUCCUAGACCAGGAUGUGAUGGAACACUAACAUUGCUGAGGUCAUGAUAUUUUAAUGGCAACUAUGUUAAACGGUGCUGCUGUUAUGGACGCAGCAUUAUUGUUAAUAGCCAGCAAUGAGACAUGCCCCCAGCCUCAAACAAGUGAGCACCUCGCUGCUGUAGAGAUCAUGCAGUUGAAAUACAUAAUUAUUCUUCAAAAUAAGAUUGACUUAAUCAAGGAAAGUCAGGCACGCGAACAAUAUUCACAGAUUUUACGUUUUAUCCAGGGUACUGUUGCUCAAGGAGCUCCAGUUGUACCUAUAUCAGCACAAUUGAAGUAUAAUAUUGAUGUUGUUUGUGAUUACAUUGUGAAUCACAUUCCGGUUCCAGUACGGGAUUUUACAUCAGCACCUCGUUUGAUUGUUAUUCGAUCAUUCGAUGUAAACAAACCUGGUUGCGAAGUGGAUGAUCUACAAGGUGGAGUAGCUGGAGGGAGCAUUUUGCGAGGGGUUCUAAAGGUUGGGCAAAAAAUAGAAAUUAGACCAGGUCUCGUUUCAAAAGAUUCGGAGACUGGGGGCGUUACUUGUAGACCCAUUAUUUCAUGUAUUGUGUCACUUUUCGCGGAGCAGAAUGACCUUGCUUAUGCUGUUCCAGGAGGUUUAAUUGGAGUUGGGACAAAAAUCGAUCCACAGUUAUGUCGCGCUGAUCGUUUGGUUGGACAUGUUUUAGGACAGGUUGGCACCUUGCCUGACAUAUAUGUGGAGUUGGAAAUAUCAUUCUUUCUUCUACGACGUUUGUUAGGUGUUCGCACAGAAGGGGACCAAAAAGGUGCUAAGGUCCAAAAGCUUUCUAAAAAUGAAGUUUUGAUGGUGAAUAUCGGGUCUCUUUCUAGUGGUGGAUGCGUUAUAGCUGUUAAAGGUGAUCUAGCCAAAAUACGACUAAAUAGCCCUGUCUGUACUCAAGUUGAUGAAAAAAUCGCAUUAAGCAGGCGUGUUGAAAGACAUUGGCGAUUGAUAGGAUGGGGAGAAAUUCGACGUGGUGUCACAAUCCAGCCCGUCCAGUGAAUACCGACAAACUUCGUUUUGCAUAUGAAGAUGAAGAUCUAUACCUGUCCUGCUCUUCAGAUAUGCAACGUGGUUAUCUUGAAAAAGACUUUUCACACGAAAUAUGAACAACAAAACUAAAAAUAGAGGAAUGUUUCAAAACGAAUUUCUCACCAAAAAAAUACAAAAAAGAAAACUAGGCAAAGAUAUACAUUUAUAUGUCGCAUAAUUUUCAUCCACAUUAUUCUUAUUUUGUUACAAUGAAGAAAACAAUAUUUUUUUCCCCGCUAAUGAGCAGAUCCUACCAAACUAUCGAUUUUGCGGGCAAGGAACGUGUGCAUGUAUAAGGAGGUUUCUUAAACUGUUGCAUAUUCAUCAUUUUUUCUUGCACUUCCUUUUUUCUUUCAUAUUUUUAAACUUAAAUUUUUCUCUUUAAAAUGGUCACACAAUUUUCGCACUGUUUUUCAUUUCACCUGUCAGAAUUUUCUGUCUUUUUAUUAGUAAUAAUAUUAAUCGUAUUUUUCAUCAACCCAACAUACCAAAGUGUUUUUUUAGUUAUUUAUUAGAAAUUAAAAACCACAGUCCAAAACACCAAUGACAAGGCGAAACCUACUAUCAUUAUAUUCUUUUUUCAUUUUUAUAAGUUAUCAAUAUUAUAUGUGUUUUCGUUAUUGUUUUCACGAUAUAUCAUUUGUGUAUUUCUUUUCUUUUUUCUUCUUCACUCAUCUACUUUUAAUUCGAAAUGAAGUUGGUGGGCUAAGACUAGAAGACCGAAAGAGACGUAUAUACAUAAUAAUAUUUAUUAUGACUUGCGUUAUAAUAAUAAAAAAUAAUAAUUUCAAUAAUAGCGGUAAAAAAACUUGUGGCAUAAAUGGAAAUGACAAAAAUGUGAAGACGGGUAACAUUUACCUUUUUAUUCCCUAAAAUUAUUGAUUUCAGUACAAUAAUAAUGAUGGUGACAAUAAUAAUGUUUAUCGUUAU